UAUUUCAUUUAGCUGCUAAUCAACAAUGGAAAAACAGAAAGAUGAAAAAUCUGGCAAUGAGAAAUUACGCCAAAUGAGCUGCGAGUUUAAUUCGUUGUCUCGUUGCGAUGGCUCUGUUAUGUAUAGCCAAGGCGCCACAAUUGUUAUUGCCGCAGUAAUUGGACCCGUUGAGACGAAAACACAGAAUCUGUGCAUAGAUGGCAGCUACUUGGAGUGCAAUUAUAGGCCCAAGGCUGGACUGCCGCAGGUGAAGGAGCGCAUAAGAGAAGCGGCCAUACGAGAUGUGCUAGAACUGGCGCUACUAAGUGAAUCGUAUCCCCGUUCAAAAAUGUCCGUACAGGUGCAGGAACUAGAGGAUCGUGGCAGUAUGGACGCGUGUGCUCUGAAUGCUUCUUGUUUGGCUAUGUUAAUUGGCGGCCUGCCCAUGAAAUACAGUUUCGCAGCGGUGCAUUGCAUUAUCAAUGAAAAGGGUGAGAUCGUGCUCGAUCCAGAUCUAAGCGAGAUGCAGCAUCAGCGUGCUAGCUUUACAUUUGCCUUUGACUCAGUGGAGGGUAACUUGUUGCUGAUACAAACAAAGGGUUCGUUCAAAAUUGCAGAAUUCAAUGAUAUCGAAUGCCUAUGUCGCGCGGCCAGUGCGCAGAUCUUUGAGUUCUACCGCAGUCAUUUAGCCAAUUACCAUGGCAGAGCUUCAAAAGAGACCGCGACGACCCCCAUGGAGGAAACGUGAUAUGCAUUAAAGAAUGAAAAAAUUGCUGAUACGAAAUUAAAGCUCGUAUUAUUUUUGUUUAAUGUCAA